AUGCUUAAUUCUUUCAAUAAUAAUAAUCAUAAUUUUCAAUCAACUGAUAAUGAACAAUUUGAUGCUGAAAAAUCACAUUCAUUUACAAAUCUCCAAUGUGAUUAUACAAAUAAAUAUGUUAAAUCUGAUUGUAUUGGAAACACUUAUCUAUUCGGUUGUGUAUCAACUAGUUCAAAUUUUGAUUCAUUACCUACCUUAGAUUACUAUAAUUAUUCUAAUUAUGAUUAUUAUGAGCCUACUUAUCAUCAAAGAAAUGAUCAAUCAAUUGAUGCAAUAUCAAUAAAUAAACAAACUGUUGAUACAUCUUCUUGGAAUAUUGGCAAUAAUAGUAAUAUUGUCGAUGUCAUUAUUAAUCCAGUAAAUAGAUUAAAUGAAAAUUGUGAAUUUAUUGAAAGUAUAAGAUCGAAGACGAAUAAUGAUAUUAUUGAUUACGUAUUAAAUAAUGAAGCGUGGAAAUUGAACAGUAUAAAAAAUAUAUCAGUUACACUUGAAAAUGCUUCUUUAUGGGAAAGUUUUGAUCGAUUAGGUACUGAGAUGAUUGUGACCAAAUGUGGAAGAAGAAUGUUUCCAAAUUUUCAUGUUCGUCUGUCUGGAUUAAUACCUGAUGCUCAUUAUAUGUUAGCGUUGGAUUUUAUACCAUGUGAUGAGAAACGUUAUCGAUAUUCAUUUCGUACUUCAACUUGGGUUCAUGCAGGUAAAGGUGAUCCACAAAUUACACCACGAAUACAUUUACAUCCAGAUGGAAUAGCCAGUGGGACGUAUUGGAUGCGUCAAGCGAUAUUAUUUGAUAAAUUAAAGUUAACCAAUAAUCCAUUUGAUCAAAAUGGCCACAUAAUAUUAAAUUCAAUGCAUAAAUAUCAGACAAGAUUACAUGUGAUUUUUGCGGAUGAAAUGGAUGAAAUUAUGAGAAAUAAUCGAGAAAUUAGUCAAUUUUGUGCAAAUUCAUCAAAAUGUAUGAAGAGAACAUUUACAUUUCCAGAGACAAAAUUUUUCGCUGUAACCGCUUAUCAGAAUAACCGAGUGACACAAUUGAAAAUUUCUAGUAAUCCGUUUGCUAAAGGAUUUCGUGAUUGUGAUCCUGAUAACUGUCGCAUAGAAAACCAGUUGCAACAUUAUGAUACAAAUGGAAGUGAACAAUGCACAAAUGAUACUGGUCGUAAAAGAACAAUUAGUCCAGAACUUAGAAAAACUACUGAGAAAAAUGAAGCGUACUCAAUCGCUCACACAGUUAAACCAGAUAAAAAGUUAAACAAGAAAUUACGCCCAAAGAGUCAAUUAAUGAUUGCAAAACACGUUAAAACGGCCACUGAAUAUGAUAAUUUGUUUGGGCCUUGUUUAUGUAUUCAUAACCAAAAAAUUCAAGUUAAUGAACCUAAAUCCUCAUCAAUGAAUAUUAAGCAUGCAUUAAACAACUUCACUAAUUUAACAUCUAAUUUUAAUUCAAACUAUUUACAAACACCUUUCGUAAGUAGUUUAAAUGAAGGUGAAAAAGUUGGGAUUCUUUCAUCUCCUAUGUGUAAUAGCUUUGAUACAAAGUCAGACAAUAAUAUUUUAGCUAAUACCCCAAGAGGAUUACUUAGGAAUAAUGCUUAUCAAGAUCUAAAUAUAAAUAGUAAAAUGUUUCCUAACCAUGGAUCGAUAGACACUUUUCAAAACAAUAAAUUCUAUCACACUGAUAAUAAAGAACAGAAUUUCAACGUUUACACGUUAUACAAACCAUCUUCAAUUUCAUAUGAUUGGUUAGAUGGAGAAAGUGGGGCGCAAUUUCAUUUUCAUGAAACUGCAAAGGAAACAUGUCUUUUUUCAUCCUCCCAUCAAGAAUUAUCUUCUAGUUUAUCCGAACCAUGUACUAUUCAUAAAGAUACUGACAAUGGUAAUGUUAGUUCAAAUAUAGUAAGUGAACAGCUGAAUAACCUGACCUGUCAAACUAUUAUUCAAGAACACAUUGGAAGUUCUCAUUUUCCUGGUAAUGAGGAUGAAGCUAUUGCCCAUCCCCAUGAAAUUAAGAAUGUCAUGGAGGAAAUGAAGUAUUUCAUUAGAACAUAA